AUGAAAAAAUCCAUGGGUAAAAAGGUAAGAAACCAUAUACCUUAUGAUCUUGGAAUUUCAAUUCUCUCAAAUUCUCCUUUAAAAUCAUUAAAACGAUUCGGAUGCGUAUGCAAGUCAUGGGGGAUUCUAUUUGAAAAUUCUAAUUUCUUGAGUAUUUUCUCAAACAAUUUAAUAUCUAAUCAUCAUUCUUAUUACGAUGAUACAUCUCUUCUCUUACAACAGACAAUAACUGAAUAUGAUAGGAGUGUUUAUCACUCAUUGUAUUCUCUUUAUGGUGAUAGUUUUAUAAAUAGAGUCAAAUUAGAAUGGCCAAAUCCCUUCCACUUGGACAAACCACAUUUUUAUAUUUUAGAUUCUGGUAGUAUUAAUGGAACUCUUUGCAUGUACGAAAAUGUAAAUGGAGUUUGUAGAAUUGUAAUUUGGAAUCCAAAUAUCAACGAAUUAAUAGUCAUCCCUCGUAGUCCUGUUGAAUUUGUACCACCCCCUUCUGAAGUAUAUAUAGUUGUACUUCACGGAUUUGGUUAUGACCAUAUUCAAGAUGACUAUAAAAUAAUUCGAUUUGUAAUGAUUGGCAACCCAGAUAAAUAUACAUCUGAAGCCGUAUAUUGGGAGAUAUAUAGUUUAAAAAGAAAUUCUUGGAAAACACUGCAUAUGGACAUGCCUCCUUGUGGUAUAGAUAUUACCGGAGAACGAAUAUACAUAUUCGGAAUGUGUCAUUGGAUACAUAAAUCAUCUUAUAUAAAUAAAGAUGAUCUCUAUUUGGUUUCAUUUAACUUGAAUGAUGAGAUAUUCAACACAACAUUUAUACCCUUAUUCAUGGAUGCUAAUCUUAAUCAUGAAUAUUUUAGCACACAGUUGGUGAUCUUAAAUGGAUCAAUUGCCACGAUUUCAUGGUAUGAUGGUACUACUACUUUUUAUAUAUCAAUACUAGGUGAACUUGGUGUUAAAGAAUCAUGGAUACAUCUCUUUAUUGUUGGACCAUUGUCUUGUGUUGACCGUCCUAUUGGAAUAGGCAAAGAGGGCGAUAUAUUUUUCAGAAAACAAGAUGGUGAAUUAAUUUUGUUUGACUUAAGAACAAAUUUGAUUUCUAAUCUUGGUAUUAAAGGGUGUUAUCAUAGUCAAAUAGUAAUUUUAAAGGAAAGCUUUCUUCAAAUUGGAGGAAUAAAUUUGUAG